CUCUGAGCUGUUUUCCGUGCCUCCUCAGAUCUCCUACCUGGCCUACCUGUGUUUGUACAACUACAUCAUCCUGGUCAAGAUGGAACGCUGGCCGUCCCUGCAGGAGUGGAUCGUCAUCUCUUACAUCAUCACUCUGGGAAUGGAGAAAGUCAGACAGAUCCUGAUGUCAGAGCCGGGGAAGUUGAAGCAGAAGAUCAACGUUUGGGCCGAAGAGUACUGGAACAUCACAGACGCGGCGGCCAUCUUUACCUUCCUCCUGGGCCUGAUGCUGAGGCUGCAGAGCGAGCCCCUGUUGGGCAUCGGACGGGUCAUCUACUGCGUGGACAUCAUCUUCUGGUACAUCAGGGUGCUCGACAUCUUCGGGGUCAACAAAUACCUGGGACCCUACGUCAUGAUGAUCGGGAAAAUG